UUUGAGAUGAACCCUCCACCUCGUGGCCCUCCUCCAAUGCUGCCGUUUGCCGUGGCGCCGCCGAUGAUCCCGCUAGGGAGUAUCCCUAUGCCUCCACCUAUGGCACACACGGUGUUGAUUCAGCCACCCGUCGCAAGAGUAGUUCAGGCUCCUCCUGAAAUUGGACCACUGAACGUGUUUGUCGGAAAGUUGCCUCCCGAUCUUCACGACAACUACGUUCGAAAUUUGCUCGAGCGCGUGGGAACUGUCGUGCAGUGGAAGCGCACGACAGAUCCGAUCUCGGGUAAAGCGAAAGCGUUUGGGUAUUGCACGUACGCUACCGCUCUGGAUUGCAUUCGCGCGCUUAAGCUGUUGAAUGGGUUUUCAUUGGACUCGAAAAAUAUCCUGCUCAAGGUGGACACGACGACGCAGACAAAACUCGACGAGUACUCGGCCCAAUUGCCGCCGGAACUGCAAUUUGAAGAAGACCAGAAGAACGAGCGCGUUGCGGCGAUGCUCCAACGUCUCUUUGAAGAGCGAAGUGGGUUGCAUGGCGGGUACAACAAUGAUAUUGCGUCGUGGGGAGACCUCAUGGAGAACGUCGAUUCAGGGGCAAAGGAAGUCGUGCGGGGAGGCAUGAUCAUGAGCGAAGUGGAGAAGUUCCGCUUGGCGCAAGAAGAGCGCACAGCGCAAUUGGAAGCAAAGCGACUCGCGUUGAUCCAAGAGAAGCUCCGUCGAGACAAGGAAGACGCGGAGAAAAGUGCCACUUGUGCUGCCGAUAAUUCCGUAAAGGAACAAGAGCCCAAAAUUGAAACGCGAAACGAGCCCUCCCGCCGCUUGUCUCCUCCGCGCCGCGGCGAUAGAUACCGCCGUAGCCGCAGCCGAAGCCGAGACCGUCGUUACCGCGAUUCGCGACGUCGAAGUCGCAGUCGGAGCCGCAGUCGAGAUCGCGUCAGCCGCUACCGGAGGAACUCCAGUCCUGGAGAGUCCUCGCCCAGAGACUCUCGCCAACUGACCAGUGCACCGCCAGCGCCCAGUGCAUCAACAAAUCCAAACAGAGAUGCGGCGACGACAGCGCCGCGAAGUGAUCCCCACGAAUCUACCACGGCCCCUCCGCCGCAACCGCCUCGUCGUCCAGUUGCCAAGAUUGAGCUCAAACUGCAAAAGAAGGACAAGAGUGACGCUAAACCGAGUGUAUCGGCGCCAGUGGCGGUCGCCAGCGCCGUGUUUGGAGUGGACGAUGAAGAAACAGCGAAACCGCAGCGCGACUUUGUCCCGUUGGACUACACGGACGAAGAGAAGCUGGCGGCGUCGGUCGAAGCACAGGUGGCCAGAACCGUCGCGCGCAUUAAUAGCCGGUCGGAUGGAGUGGAAGGCCUCAUCAAGAGCAUUCCCACGGACAAGAAGGGCCUGUUUAAGUACCCUGUGGACUGGAGCGCUGCCGAAAAGUACAAGGUCGUCGAGGAGAAGAUGACGCCAUGGGUGACGAAGAAGAUUGUUGAGUACUUGGGCGAAGAAGAAAGCACGUUGAUCGGAUUUGUCUUGCGCCAGCUGCAUCAACGCACAGCGCCGCAGGCAAUCGUGGACGAACUGGUCCCUGUGCUGGAGCAAGAUGCUGAGACGUUUGUGUUGACGAUGUGGCGCAAGCUGAUUUUUGAAGUUUUACGGGCGGAUGGCGGGAACUGACCAACGUAAGAACGUCCUAGUCAGAGAAUACUCCCUUUCCUUGGCAUGAACACGAGUCGAAUAUGAAAGGUGUGUGUUGGGC